AUGUCGUGGCAAGGUAAAUAUGAAUUCCCCCCUCCUCUCCUUUUCCUCGUCGGCAGCGGCCAUGUCGACAAAGCAGCCAUCAUCAGCGCAGCCGGUGACAGCGUCUGGGCUACCUCCAGUGACUUUACGAUUAAGCCUGAGGAGAUGAAGAACAUCGCCGAUGUCGUAGCCCAGGCCGGUAGCGCCGCUGACAACGCCCGAGCAAAUGGUAUCCACGUUGCGGGCGAGCGAUACGUUGCUUUCCGAGUUGAGGACCGAAGUGUCUACGGACGACAGGGCCAAACAGGUGUCGUCAUCGUGAAGACGAAGCAGGCCAUCAUAGUCGGCCACUACCGCGAAGGCCAGUUAGCCGGUAACGCGACCCAGACCGUCGAGGCGUUGGCCGACUACCUCAUCAAGGCCGGAUACUAG